UUUGUUGUGGACACGGCAGAUCCUCUCCCAACACCUGAGGCAGCUAACAGACAUUUAAACAGCACUUUCAACAGGCAGCUCUUGAGCACCGGCCCUCAGCAGACCGCAGGUGAGGCAGCAGGGACAUGAGGGAGAUCUCCAGGACGGGGUCCCCGGUGAGGUCGGCGGCUCUCCUCCUCACACUGUGGUGCUGCUGCAGUGCUCAACGCAUCGACUACAUAAGUCCACAUUACGGAAGCUACAAUGGAGCGACACGGAUCACCAUCUUUGGAGACGGUUUUGCCAACGAGAACCAGUUCCAGCUGAAUCCAAAAGACGACACAUUUGGCAACCGUGUCACCCUGGUGUCAGACACCCGGUCCAUCACCUGCGACGUGGAGAGAGACUCAACACACGGCAACCAGAUCAUGUGUUACACCAGAGCCAUGCCGAAGGAUGACUAUGUGGUUCGUGUCAGUGUGGACGGUGUUCCCAUUCCUGAUCAAAGUAUAUGCAAAGGCGUGAAAAAAUCUGUGCAGUGCAGCUUUUAUACUCGCUGGUUUCGCACGCCGACUAUCACAGAGGUGACUCCUCGAACUGGCCCCCCAGACACCGUGGUGACACUGCGAGGACUGAUCUGGACUGAUGUGUACGGAAGCAACACCCAAGUGAGCACCAAUGGCCUCAACGUCAGAUUUCUGAGAUCCUUCAUGGGAGGGAUGCCAUGCGAGCUGCUUAAACCGGAGUCAGAUGAGCUAUAUAACCUACAACUGGACAACGAAAUGUCUCGCUGGGGAUACAUGAGCUGCAAAAUGUCGGGGACUUAUGUUGGGCAUCAGAACUGGACUUACAUUCUUGAUGCUGACUAUGGAAGGAGUUUAGCAGAGAAGAAACUGUUCAGGGUUUCAUCCUUGAACAAGCUCUCCAUGUUUCAGACCUUUGCAGAGGUGACGGGAGUGUCUCCAUCCAAGGGCAGCAUCAUGGGUGGCACCCUGGUGACCAUCCACGGGCGCUUCUUCGACCAAACCGAUCGCCCAGCACGCGCUCUCAUUGGAGGCCUGCCAUGUGCAAUCCAGUCUGUGUCCGAUGACAAGAUUGUCUGCAGGACCGCCAAGCACGAGAUGAACAGCAUGACAGUCUACCCAGGUGGAAGAGGCUUGAAGAUGGAGGUGUGGAACGUCACAAGACCUCGUUAUCUGACUGACAUCCUCAGCUACAAUGAGAGCAAACCUGGAUAUUGGGCACAGUGGGUCGACACCAUGCCUCACUACUUUUCUAUGAGAGAUCAGUUCAGUACACGAUCCAGAGGCUUCUUUGUCCCUCCGGCCAGCGGCAACUACACGUUUUACCUCCAGUGUGACGACAGAUGCGAUCUCUACCUCAGCAACUCCAGCCGUCCAGAAGAUAAGGUUAAAGUGGCGUACCAAACAUAUUACGUCCCAGAUUAUCGACAGGACUCACAAAAGUCUGUUGUGAUGGAUCUGGAAGGAGGAAAACCCUACUACUUGGAAAUUCUGCAUCAAAAUUACGGCGGUCCAGCUAACCUCAACGUUGCCGUGUUCCAGGGGGAGAGUUCCUUUACAGAAGCCCAGACGAACGAUGCUGUCAAUGAGAUUCAGGUUCUCGUGGCUGAUUAUGAAGUGUUCGAUGAGGAACAGGUGGUUACCUUUCAAUCCUGGCAAAGCGACGGUACUGUCGACAAAGAGGUCCAGAGGAUUACUGUCGGCAGCAACUGUGCCAGCCAUCUCUGUGGGAGCACCUUCUUCAGCCUUGGCUAUGGGGAUGCAAAGACUGGACCGAUUCCAGUCAGCGCCUCUGCAGCUGUGGUGGAAGCAGCGUUGAACAGCCUUUGGUCCAUCAAACCCGACACAGUCCAGGUCACCAAACAGGACGACAGCCAAGGGUCUCACUACACAGUCACGUUCAAUUCAAACAGAGGGGAUUUCAAAACACUUCACUCUGAAGUUUAUGGCGCAGAUACUAACGUCACUGUUGUUGAGGUUACAAAGGGGAGAAGCAACAUGGAGACGUUCACUCUGCUCUGGGCGGGAGUCGCUACAAAGCCCAUCGCCUUCAAUGCAACUGAGUCCGAGGUGCAGCAGGCUCUGGAGGACUUGUUUAAAGCCGAGUGUCCCAGUGAGAUCCUAACCACUGAAGGGACUGAAGUGGCAUACUUCAAGGACUUUGAAAGUGACAACUCUCAGUUCGAUAGCGCCGCUGCAGGGACUCCAGUGAAGAACUCUGGUUUCUGUGGCCAAUGGUCACUGAAGAACGCUGCGGUUCUUUUCAAGGAUAGUUACAAAAAAGAGUCUGGUGGCAGCUACGGACAAGUUUCAUUGGACAAACAUCCCACGGUUUGCUUUGCCUACAAGGGAAUGCUGAAGAAUGAAGUUGGAGCAAUGUUCUCGUACCGCAACAGCCAAGGCCAAACCAAGACGGAGACCGCCAAGGUCACAACUGUCUUUAAUAAGGGACAAAAGUGGAGUUACAAAUGCAUGGACCUGCUGAGUUCCCUGCAGACAGAGUACAUCGGAAGCCAAUACAGUCUGCAGGAGCUUUACCUCUACAAAGACGAGUCUGGUGCUGAUUUCUUUGUGGAUGCCGUUCACAUUGGAAAGAGAGCCACCACGAUGGUGGAGAAUGAUGUUCUCAACAAGAGGAAGCCUCCACCUUUUGAGAGCGCUGGUCAUUCCUUCGAUGUGAUUGCUGUCACCAAAGACGGCUCACUUGGCUCACAGAUCAGAUACGAGAUCAAAGCCACACCAACAGACUGUGCUUUUGGGUUCCCACUGCUAGAAGUUGGCUUCCUGCAGAUGUCCAACAGCAGCGAGGACAUGGCCGAGUACAGGGACGGAGGAGCCAUCGCCACAGUCGCUCGGCCUCACCGGGCCACUCCUCCUCUGACCGGCACCUUUGAUGUGGAGUUUGAGAACAGCCGAGCUGAAGGUCUGUCGGUGGACAUCAGCAAGGACGAUCUAAAGUACGCUCUGGAGGGAAUCGCAGGGAUGGGUGAGGUCAAAGUUGAAUGGGCUGGUACCUGCAGACGCCCCAAGUGGAGGGUCGAGUGGCUCACUAAACCCGGGGACCAACCUCUGCUCCAGGUCAACAGCUCGUCAGUCGUCGGCAAAAACGCCGUUGUUUCAGCCACUGAGAGGAGAAAGGGAGGACUGUUGCGAAGCUUGGAUGGAGGGUUCCUCCGUGUCUGGGAAACCAAACCACAGGCAGAUGUACACAUCAAUGGCAUUCCCUCAAAUUGCUCUGGUGACUGUGGCUUUGAAUGGUCCGAGGACGCGACUCCAUUUGUGACUGGAAUCAGCCCGUCUCAAGGAUCCAAUGGCCUUGGGACUCUUUUGACUGUUACUGGAACUGGAUUCAGUAGUGAGAACGCCUCCAUCUUCGUGGGAAAGGCCAAGUGCCACGUUGAACAGACCACCAGCACCACUCAGGUGUGCAGGCUGGGCAGCAGUAGCGCCGGUACCUACCCCGUGUGGGUCAACUUCCCCUCUCUGGGUAAUUCGCGCUACCCAGACGGCAACAUGUUCGACUUCACCUACCAGCUCAUUGUUUCCUCUUUCUCUCCGCUCUCUGGAAGUGUGGCAGGAGGCACACUGCUGACAGUGAGAGGUUUCGGCUUCAGUGAGAACUCCACAGUUACUGUUGGUGGUGAGGAGUGCAAACUGGUUGAUGCCAGUGACACCGAGCUGAAAUGCAGAACGCCAGCAGGAACUGCAGGAUCUCAGACUGUCACAGUGAUGGUGGGAAACAUGACUCAGGCGGCCAGCAGCUCCUUCACCUAUGAUAAUAACCUCACACCCCAGAUCUCAGACCUGAGUCCCCGCAACACCACAGUGAUCGGCCACAGAGUUCUCACCAUCCUGGGUUCUGGCCUAGGAGGCCAAGACAAUGACAGCAUGGUGUUUGUAGGCAGGAAGGAGUGUGUGAUUGUUCAGUGGACGGCAACAAACAUCACCUGUCGUCUCCCUGUGCUGCCUCCCGGUCUGUACAAGGUAGAUGUGCAGGUUGGAAACAAUGGCUACCCCCAGACAAGCAGCAGUGUGAACACAACCAUCGAAUACAUCCUGGAGAUCUACAGUAUCUCCCCACAGUUUGGAUCUUUACUGGGAGGAACCAAACUGACUGUGUUUGGAUCUGGGUUCAGCACGAACACCGCUGACAACAAAGUCUCCAUCGGAGGAGCUGAGUGUGAAGUGAAGGCCGCCUCAGAGAAGGAGCUGCAGUGUGUCUUGCAGUCAUCGGAGAAGAGCCACACUGUCACCAAUCAGGGAUCCCACAGCACUUAUGGACAGGGGUACGCGUGGAGUCCCGUCUCGCUGACGGUGUCUGUUGGAGACACAGUAAUGUGGCGUUGGGAGGCUCCGCCCUUCCAGCAGCUUGAGUUCGGGGUCUUCAGUGUUUCCAGCCCAAGUAACACCACCUACAACCAGGGACCAUUAAACAGUGGAGGCACCAAGACUUCCAAAGGGUCUUUUGUCUACCGUUUCACUGUUCCCGGUGUGUAUUACUACAGCAGUGGAUUCAUCGACUCGGCCAACACAAAGCACCUGCAGGGAGUCGUGAAAGUCCAACCUCGGCAGGAGCAGAGCGGCGCAGCCUCUGUCCAGGUGGGAGGAGUGGAGGCGAGACAUGUGACGAGAGGUCCUCGCCGUGUCUCCAGAGCCGCCCCGCAGUGCGUCGCCUCCUCACAGUGCGAACAGACCAACAGCACGUCAGGCAGCCUUUCCUUCAGCACCUCCAGCUGCUCCACCCCCACAGUCCACUCCGUCACCCCCAACCAGGGCUCAUACCACCAGGUCAUCCGCAUUGAGGGCAAGGGCUUCAGCGACACCACCUGCGCUAUUGAGGUGACGGUGGGAGGUGUUUCCUGUCAGGUGAUCAACAGCUCCCACACCGAGAUCAACUGCCAGCUCAGCUCCAACAGUGAACUUCCCAUCGGUGUCGCUCAUCCCGUAGCCGUUAGCGUCAACAACUUCGGCAGCGCCGUCAUGGCUAUACCAAACGAGCUGGAACGCCGUUUCGUGGUUCUGCCUGUGGUCAAUUCAGUCUCGCCUGCUAUCGGCAGCCCGACUGGCCACACGCGGCUCCUCAUCCACGGUUCUGGUUUCUCUGACGGCCAAGUGACUGUAGCCGGCGUGCAGUGCACUGUCCUGUCAGUCAAUUACACCUGCAUCACCUGUGACACAUCUCCUUCUCAGCCUCACAGUGGUGACGUUGUCUUCCACAAAGGCAGGAUCCAAAGCUCCUGCCACUCGACCUGCUCCUUCACGUACUCUUCCUCUGUCACUCCCAUGGUCACUGGUAUUUCCCCCGACAGCAUCAGCGAUCUCACCACCGUCACCAUCUCUGGAUCAGGGUUCGGCAGCAGUGCGGAUGACGUGGCGGUGUUUGCCAGCAGCACAGAGCUGGAAGUCACCGGCGUGACUGAUGGCAACAUUUCAGUAAGAGUCAACGGUCUGAUUGCGGGCAACCACCCAGUCAAAGUGAUCGUCAGAAGCAAAGGCCUCGCAUCCGGUUCUGUUACACUGAACAGCCUUGCCCAAGCCGUCCUCAACACGGACACGGGCAGCACAGCAGGAGGAACCCCUCUCGUCUUCACUGGUAACGGCUUCGCUCCAGGGAACACCAGCGUGAUGGUCGGUGGCCAACCCUGCAAGAUCCAGGAGGUGGUGCCGAGUAAGCUUGGCUGCCUGACGCCUCCUCAUAGCGAGGGGCUGGUGGAGGUCAACAUCCAGGUGUUUUCAGUCUCGUAUCCUGCUCUAAACUUCACCUACUCUGCAGCCCACACUCCUGUCAUCAGCUCCAUCAGUCCCACCACUGGGCCGAGCGGUGCGGUCGUCACGCUGACAGGUUCAGGAUUUGGCAACAACCCUGAACUCGUCUCCGUCUCCAUGAACCACGUCCCCUGUAAUGUGUCCACAGUGUCCGACUCACAGGUUCAGUGCACCGUGGGAAACAACCCAGGAGGCGCGUACCCAGUCAUGCUCCAUCAUCAGGUCAAAGGUUACGCCAAGUCUGACGUCACGUUUUCAUACGAGUUGACUCUGAGCAGUGUGCAGCCCAACCAGGGCAGUUUUGGCGGCGGCGCCCUGCUCACCCUGCAGGGUUCAGGGUUCGACCCGAUGAACUCCACUGUGACGAUCUGCGGGGACGAGUGUAAAGUGGACAGGAACAUGUCGACAUCGAGCCGCCUGUACUGCCACUCUCCAUUCAACAACGGCUCUCAGUCGGAUGUGAGCUGCGUGGUUGCUGUCGUUAACCGGCUGGAUGCCGUCAACAUCUCAAAUGGCUUCACCUACAGAUCUCAGCUGACCCCGGUGAUCACUGAGGUUUCUCCACGCAGAGGAGGAACCGCCGGAGGCACCCGGCUCACAAUCACGGGCUCCGGUUUCAGCACCAACAUGAACGAAGUCAGCGUGACCAUCGCAGGGUCCGUGUGUGACGUUCAGUCCACCAACAACACACACAUCAUCUGCGUGACAAACUCUCAGCGGCAGUCUCAGGAAACCAAAGUCAGAGUCAGCAUCGGAGACGGCGGCAUCGCCAAGAUGGAUAAUGCAGAUUUCUUCUACAUUGACGUGUGGUCGUCCAGGUUCACGUGGGGCGGUCUGUCUCCACCUGAGAAGGGCUCGUUUGCCGUCAUCACUAAAGGACAGACAAUCCUGCUGGACACCAACACCCCUGUGCUGAAAAUGCUCCUUAUUCAAGGCGGGACGUUGGUGUUCGAUGAAGCGGACAUCGAGCUGCAGGCGGAAAACAUCCUGAUCGUGGACGGCGGACGCCUCCAGAUCGGCCAAGAGGGGGCGCCGUUCCAGCACAAGGCCAUCAUCACACUUCACGGAAACCUGCGCUCACCUGAACUUCCUGUUUAUGGAACUAAGACGCUGGCUGUCAGAGAGGGAAUACUGGACCUGCAUGGUAUUCCAGUUCCUGUUCCCUGGACCCGCUUGGCCCAGACGGCGACCAACGGCUCAACGACCCUGACCCUGAUGAAGGAGGUGACGUGGAAAGUUGGAGAUGAAAUCGUCAUCGCUUCUACCGGCCACAGACACAGUCAGAGAGAAAACGAAGUGAGGAAGAUCGCUGCCGUGUCGGCUGAUGGAAAGACUCUCACCCUGAACGAACCGCUCAAAUACACUCACCACGGAGUGUCCGUCACGCUGCCUGAUGGGACGGUGUUUGAGGCCCGAGCCGAGGUCGGUCUCCUCACCAGAAACAUCUUGGUACGAGGUUCCCAGCACCAAGAGUGGAACGACAAGAUCGAAGCCUGCCCCGAUGGCUUCAACACAGGUGAAUUCACUACCCAAACCUGCUUCCAGGGACGGUUUGGAGAAGAGGUCGGCAGCGAUCAGUUUGGAGGCUGCAUCAUGUUCCACGCGCCCAGACCAGGCGAGAAUCUGGCAAUGGGCAGGAUAGAAUACGUGGAGCUCUUCCAUGCAGGACAGGCCUUCAGGCUCGGACGUUAUCCCAUCCACUGGCAUCUGAUGGGAGACAUCAACUACAAGUCCUACGUUAGGGGUUGUGCUAUUCAUCAGACCUUCAACAGGGCCGUUACCAUCCACAACACCCACCGGCUGCUGGUGGAGCACAAUGUCAUCUACAACAUCAUGGGUGGUGCCUUCUUCAUCGAGGACGGCAUUGAGACCGAGAACAUCCUGCAGUACAACUUGGCUGUGUUUGUCAAACAAAGCACCAGCCUGCUGAACGACGACGUCACUCCCGCCGCCUACUGGGUCACCAAUCCCAACAACAUCAUCCGGCACAACGCCGCUGCGGGAGGGACUCACUUCGGCUUCUGGUACCGCAUGCACGAUAACCCCGAUGGACCGUCCUUUGACAGAAACAUCUGCCAGAAGAGGGUUCCCCUGGGGGAGUUUUACAACAACACCGUGCACUCUCAGGGCUGGUUCGGACUUUGGAUCUUCGCUGACUUCUUCCCCAUGAAGAACGGAGGAUGCCGCUCUAAAACCCCCGAGCCUGCCGUCUUCCGCGGCCUCACUACCUGGAACUGCGAGAAAGGUGCUGAGUGGGUCAACGUUGGCGCCGUGCAGUUCCACGAUUUCCUCAUGGUCAACAACGAGAAAGCCGGCAUUGAAGCCAAACGCAUCCUGCAGUGGGCCGUGAGCGGCUUCGGAGAGGACGGAGGGGCAACGAUGUCCAACAGCACCAUGGUGGGCCACGUGGAUGAGCUCGGACUGGGAGAUAAUUACUGCUCGCACAGAGGCAUCAUCGCGCCGCUGGACGAUGGCCUGAGUGUCCUCAACACCAAGUUCAUCAAUUUUGACCGCAGCUCUUGUGCAGCCAUAGGGGUCGCCAGAAUUGACGGGACCUGUAUUGAUCGGUGUGGUGGCUGGGCUGUCAUGUUUAGUGGCGCUCAGUACUUCAACACACCCAACAAGGCCGGCUUCAGGUGGGAGCACGAGGUGCAGCUGGUGGACCUUGACGGCUCCCUCACAGGUAACAUCAACCACAAAGUUGUGCCCAUGAGCUCCCUGCUGGACCCGGCUCACUGUAACCAGAGUGCUGAGUGGAGCGUGGGUUUCCCCGGCGCCGUGUGCGACCACACCGUCAACUUCCAUCGCUUGUCGUUCAACAAUCCAACACCGAGCUCUCUGAAGGCCAAGGAUGUCAUCCUAACCAACUCACAUGGCACCAGCAUGGUUCCCUAUCUGAAGAAGAGAAUGACUCAUAAGUUCGGCUGGAUGGCCAUGCUGCCCUCCAGAGAGACAUACAACUGGUACUUUAAUGACAUGGACCACCUCACCAACAUCACAUAUGCUGCUAAAUUCUACGGCUUCAAGUCGGAUCAAUACGUGAUCAUCAACCACAACUUGACCCAGAGUCCGGACAAGUUCCGCAUCAUCGAUGUAAGGAACGGCUCGUCGACGCCGCUCAGCUUCAGCAGUAACAACAACGGUGACUGGUACUUCGACAGCAACUCCAACAACCUCUACUACAUCAUAUCUGGGAAGACGAGCCAGCGGCGGCGUCGUGACAGCGUUGACCGCUCCAUGGUCGACUCUGCGGUGAACCUGCAGGUGUACCGCUGCUUCUACCCCAACUGCAUCCCACCAACACCACCACCUCCAGCCACACUGGCCCCAUUACCCGCCGGCCGGCCCGCCGACUUCAUCGUCUGGUCUAAUGCCUCUUUCUGGACAAGUUCAGCUGAAAAUAACUUCACGGUACCAGCAGAGGGCUCUGAUGUCGUCAUCCCAUCAGGUCAGUGGGUCGUCUUGGACAGCAGCACUCCUCCCCUCAACAAGCUGACGGUCGUCGGAGUCCUCGAGAUCCCUGACGACACCGCGAACACCUCGUCCAGCAGGCAGGCCCGGGCCGCGACUCAGAACACUGUGGUGCUGGACGCCGUCUACAUCUCCAUCCAGGGCGGCAGACUGUUCGCAGGGUCGGAGGACAAGCCGUUCAGAGGUCAGCUGCACAUCAAACUGAGAGGAAACCACCGCACGCCUGACUGGCCUCUGCCGCAGGGACCCAACCAGGGAUCCAAAGUCCUGGGUGUGUUUGGUACUCUGGAGCUUUACGGACAACCUCACAACGUUUAUCACACAAAACUCGCUGCCACUGCAGCAGCUGGAUCGAACAGUCUGACCCUGAAACAGUCCGUCGACUGGCAGGUUGGAGACGAGGUCGCCAUCUCAACCACCAGCUACAACGCCUGGGAGACAGAAAAACGCCAGAUCACCGCCGUGUCAUCAGACGGCCGCGUCCUGACCCUCAACCAGCCUUUGAACCACACUCACAUCGGUGAGACUCACACUGCCUCAGGUACGUCGGUCUCCUACACGCUGGCAGCUGAUGUUGCUCUGCUGACCAGAAACAUUAAGAUCGUCGGUCAGGAGUAUCCGGACAUGAUGAAGGAGUCGUACGGAGCCAGACUGUUAGUGGGCACCUACUCCUGGAAGGGAAUCGACUAUAAAGGCAAAGCUCAGAUCAGAAACGUGGAGUUCUUCCGCUCGGGUCAGGAAGGCUGGAUCGACGAGAGCGACCCUCGUUAUUCUGUGGCCUUCCUCAACCUGGGACAGGUUUCAGGAGGAGACUCGUACAUUCAGGGUUGUGCUUUCCACGACGGCUUCUCUCCGGCCAUCGGAGUGUUCGGGACAGAAGGACUGAACGUUGACGAUAACGUCGUCCACCACACUGUUGGAGAAGGUAUCAGAAUUUGGGGCAACAAGAUAACAGUGAGGAGGAACCUGGUGAUGAUGACGCUGUGGCCCGGAUCAUAUCAGGACAGAGAGGAGCCCUUUAACUUCGCCUGGAACGCCGCCAUCGAGGUCAACGAGGGGACAAACGCUGUCCUGCAGCACAACAUCGUGGCAGGUUACGAGAGAGUCGCUUAUCGUAUCGAUGGUGAACUAUGUCCAGGUAACACAAACAACAAUGAGCAGUGGAUUCAGAACGAGGCUCACGGCGGGCUGUACGGAGUCUACAUGAACAAAGACGGUUUGCCCGGCUGCAGCCUCAUCCAGAACUUCUUCAUCUGGAGGAGCUUCGACUACGGCAUCUACUUCCAGACCACCAUGAGUAUUGUCAUUUCAAAUGUCACCCUGGUGGAUAACGGCUUGGGCAUCAUGCCUCUCGUCUACCUUCCUCCUUCUCUCUCCCAUCAAUACGCUGAUAAAACUGUACAUGUUAAGAAUGCCCUGAUUGUUGGCAGCAGCCCGAACUUCAACUGUUCAGCCGGUUUGCCCUCCGGUGACUUUAACAUUAUGACCAGCAACCUACAGCGAGCCCCGAGACCUCGCAAUGGAGGCAGAUCUGGAAUCAGCUGGCCGACUUUUCAGUCUGGGCACAACACUGCUCCGGAAAAGCCCCAUCAUCUGAACAUGAACUACAACGCCAUCAAAGGACUGAUGAAAGUCGAUGACACGACUUUCGUGGGCUUCAAAAACGUCUGCUCCAGCGAGACGAACUUCAUGUUCAUCACCAACCCGCUGAACGAGGACCUGCAGCACCCUGUGCAUGUUUCAGGCGCAACAGUGAUUGACAGCACAGAGGGAGCCAAAGUCUUCAUCCACAGGGCAGACGUCGGGAAAGCGAACCCCGCCGACUGUGUGGACAUGGAGUGCGAUGCGAAGAAGAAGACUUUGUUGAUAGACACGGACGGAUCGUUCCUGGGAGCCGUGGGAGCCGUGGUGCCCCAGGCUGAGUACGAGUGGGAUGGCGAUCCCAGGAGGGGGCUGGGCGACUACCGCAUCCCCAAAGUCAUGCUCACCUUCCCCAACGGCAGCCGCAUCCCUGUGAACCAGAUCGCUCCUUACAAAGGUGUGAUCAGGAAAAACUGCACAUACAUGAACACCUGGCAGAGCUACAAGUGUUUCGAGCUGAACUACAGGAUGCUGGUGAUCGAGAGUCUUGACGCUGACACAGAAACCAGACGUCUGUCCCCUGUCGCUGUCCUCGGAGGUGGCUUCGUGGAUCUGAUCAACGGUCCUCAGGAUCACGGGUGGUGUUCGGGCUACACCUGCCAGAAGAGAGUGUCUCUCUUCCACAGCGUCGUCGCCACCGGUCGCUCCUACGACGUCUACUUCAGCAGCGUCAGCCCUCAGAAGCUUCGCCUCAUGAUGCUGAACACGAAUCCGUCUGAGAGCGUUGUGGUGUCGGUCUUCUACUCCAAGCCUCAGCGGUUGGAUGUGUAUGUUGACAACAAGCUGGUCGCUCCGACUAACGCCAAGUGGAACGCUGACAACACUGACUACACCCUGAACAAGCCGAUAUAUGAAGGUCAAUACGUCCCUCAGCUGAACGCCACUUUGGGAACCAACUUCUUCGACCCGUAUAACAAGAUGCUGCGGGUUUUGGUGAGAGGCUCCGAGCCCGUAGAGAUCCGAACCUCCCCGGUUCUCUUCCUCGCAUUCGAGUUACCCGCCAUGACGGAGGACGAGUUCUUCGGAGACAACCUGGUGCAGAACCUCGCUACGUUCCUCAAAGUUCCCCCAAAUAUGAUUCGAAUCACCAAGAUCAUCCGGGAGGAUGGAGGUGCUCGCCGCAGGAAGAGAUCCACGGGCCUGAAGGUGGAGGUUGAGAUCCAGAAACCUCCAGUCCAGCAGACCACCAACAGCACCAACGAUGAGGAGGACUUCACCUUGUUGAAGAAUAUUGCAGAUGAUCUGGGUCAGGCUGCAGUUUCUGGAAACCUGAGCCAGUCCAUCGGUUUCAACGUGUCUUCUCUGGGCGUCAUCCCGCCGCCUCCUGCAUCGUCCGACCCCAGCUGGAGCGAGGAGGCAUCAGUAGAGGUGACGAGGGAGGAGCCUACAGUGAGCUACGUGUCCAGCGUGUCCAGCCUGCUGCUGCUCGUGGAGCCGAUCGCCGGGGAGUACGUGGGUCCUCUGAGCCAGCAGCCCAGGCUCAUGGCUGUGGACGAGAUGGGUAACUGUGUCUCUGUGGGAGUGACGACUCUCACUGUGACAGCCAGCCUGAAGGACUCCAGUGGGAACAGCGUGGGCGGACUCGCCGGAAACACCACCAUCGAGUUCAGCACCUGCUGGGCAAACUUCACCGACCUGUCGCUCCUCAACAGUGGUGAGAACCUGACCAUGGUCUUCACUCUGAAGGAGUGGGGCGCUCAGUCACGCAGCUUCACCGUCAAAAACACUCCGACCACCGAGCCCCCGACGACCAGCAGCAACGUCACUGAUCUCACCUCCACCCCGUCCAACGUGACCACCGACGCACCGCCGAUGACCACAGACGACGACAGCAUCUUCAGUUCCAGCACCACCGUCUCUGCGGGCAGUCUGUGUCUGGUCAGCGUCAUCUACGCCGUGGCCGACAUAUGUUAGAUGGUUCUGCUGCGGGCUGAGCGGGUUUAAUGAAGGAUACGUUUGUGUUCACCUGAACAUGAAGUCUGUAAAACACUUUGAAUGUAGCCAAUUUUUUUGUUCUGAUUUAAACACUUGGGUUUAUUGGAUGCAACACAUACAACUCUGAACAGACUUUAUCCCAGUUUCUUUUGUGUAAUUAUUUGGAAAAAUGUCCUCUUAUUGUAUUUAUAAACAGGUGCAAUAGGGCUUAACUUGAAACUAAUAAGGUGAAGGAAGGCGUAACGUUUGCAUUUUCGUUUAUGAUUGAAACUAUUUUUCUCUUUUCAAUAAAUUCUAUUUUUCAUUGUUA